CUCUCUCUGCUUCUUCCCUCAACCUUUACUUUGCCUUCAUUUCACUUUUCCCUGUUUACCAAACGCUGCUUUCUCUUCCCUCUCUCGCUGCUUCUAAAAAGCUUAAACCUUUGUGGGUGUGGUUAUUUCCACUUCGUUAUCAUAUCAUCAUCGUUGAGUCGACUUCUCUCUUUUUAAGUGUCGGUGGGAUCCGAGCGCACUCUUCUCAUGAUAACCAUCAUUGACUCUAGUUAAUGCUUUCUCUCUCUGCUUCGCAUUAUAGCAAGUUCUUCUGAUCAUCGUCCAUGCAAUAAUCGAGCUUUGUUGGUGAAUGAAGCAUGGAUAAGGCGUGGCUAUGGAAGAAGAAAUCUACAGAGAAGCUGCCUAUUGUUGCUGACAAAGUCAAUGAUUUGUCGAAAGGGAAUGAAGAAGAGAUGGAGGCAAUUUUGAAUGAGAAGGCAGAGCUAGAGAAAGAUAUAAAAGCUUUAAGUGAUAAGUUAGCUUCAGCUCUCUCAGAUUGUAAGAAUAAAGAUGAAAUUGUGAAGAAACAUGCCAACAUGGCACAGGAAGCUGUUCAUGGCUGGGAGAAGGUAGAAGCAGAAGCUGGGUUCCUAAAGCAAGAAUUGGAUAAAUCAUUGCAACUCAGAGACUCUGCUGAAGAAAGAAUAGCUCAAUUGGAUGGAGCCCUCAAGGAGUGCAUGCAACAGCUACGAUAUGUUCGAGACGAUCAAGAGCAAAGGGUCCAUGAUGCUGUGAUGAAGACAACAAGGGAAUUCGAGAAAUCCCAGAUGGUGUUGGAAGAGAAGCUAGCAGAGACCAGUGGAAGGCUUUGUAAAAUAGGUGCUGAAAACUCCCAUCUUAAUAAGGCUCUUUCAGUGAAGGAAAAGUUGACUGAAGAUUUAAGGAAACAAUUGAGUCAGAUGGAAGCAGAUGUGAAUGCACUUAUGGCCAGAUUAGAGUCCACAGAGAAAUAUAAUGCUUCUUUAACAUAUGAGGUUCGAGUUCUUGAGAAAGAACUUGAGAUCAGGAAUGAGGAAAGAGAAUUCAAUUGUCGGACUGCUGAUGCAGCACACAAGCAACACCUCGAGGGUGCAAAAAAAGUUGCUAAAUUAGAAUUAGAAUGUCAGAGGUUGCGUGUCCUGGUCAGGAAGCGGUUGCCAGGUCCUGCUGCCUUGGCUAAAAUGAAAAAUGAAGUUGAAAUGCUUGGAACGGAUUCUGUUGACAUGAGGAUGAGAAGUUUGAGCCCAAAUGGUUUCUGGUAUGAAUCUACUGCCGACAAGUUUCAUGAGGUUCCCACCAAAAAGAUCAAUUUUCUAACUGAGCAGUUAUGUGCUAUGGAAGAAGAAAAUGCGAUUCUCAAGGAAGCACUCAAUAAGAAGAUGAAUGAGUUACAGUUUUCCAAAAAUAUGUAUAACCGUGCAGCCUCCAAAUUAUCACAAGUUGAAACAGUGGUUGGAGAAUCCCCAAGAGGCACUCAUAUGCCACAUGAACUCUCUGUAGCAUCUAUGUCUGAUAUCGGUAGCGAUGAUAAGGCUAGUUGUGCAGAAUCAUGGGCUUCUACUUUGAUUACAGAACUGGAGCAUUUUAAAAAUGAAAAGCAGAAAGACUGGCCGACGUGCAAAACUGUCGGAGCUUCAGACAUAAAUCUAAUGGAUGACUUCGCUGAAAUGGAAAAACUAGCAGUGGUCACUGCUGAUAAAGUGAGUGUUGGUUCGUAUGCUUCCUCACCAGCUAAUACAGUUGCUGGCCAUUUGGAAAAUCAGUAUUCCUUGGAAUUAGGGGGUAGUGAUAUAGUUCCUGUAUCUGACAGUGAGUCAGGCUUCAGUUUGUCAAACAGGGAGUCCAGCCGUGUUGCUGAUGCCAAAGCUCCUCAUUGGCUCCAGGAUAUAGUGAAAUUGGUGUUAGAGCACAGUCGUGUUGCAGGAAGAAGCCCUAAACAAAUACAGGAGGAUAUAAGAAUAGCUUUGGCCACCACAACUAAUCCUUCUUCUGCUAAAAGCUCCAUCUCAUGGAAAUACUCAAAUGAGUGUGCAGUAACUGGUUCACCCAAUGGAGCAAGUGGUGAGCAGUUACAACCGGAUCUUAGGAAAUCAAUAUGCAAAAUAAUUGAGCUUAUUGAAGGAAUCAGUGUGCCAUCUUCAGAUUAUAACACAGACGCCAGACACAAGAAUUCAGAAACACAGGCAGGCUACAUGGUACGUGUUUUCCAAUGGAAAACUUCUGAACUUGGCAGUCUUCUACAGCAAUUUAUUCAUGCUUGUUAUAAUCUGUUAAAUGGAAAGGAUGGUCUUGAUAAAUUUGCUGAAGAACUAACUACGGCGCUGGACUGGAUUUUGAACCACUGCUUUUCACUUCAAGAUGUUUCAAGCAUGAAGGAUGCAAUUAAGAAGCAAUUUGAUUGGGAUGACACAAGAAGUGAAAGCGAAGCAGAAGUUGGAAUGGCUAUUUCUUCAAAUGGCUGUAGCACUCAAUUAGAAGAGCUGCAGUCCAAUAUGGUCCAAGAAAUCAGAAAGUUAAAGGAUGAACUUGUGAAUACAGAAUCUGGCAAAAGGGAGUUGGAAGGCAGACUUCAGUCAGCCAGUGAUAAGAGUGAAUUCCUGAUCAAUCAGCUUAAGGAAUCUGAGAAAAUUGUUGGAGGCUUGCAAGAAGAGUUACUAAGCUUAAGAGAGUCAAAGAGUAUGAUUGAAGAUCAACUCAAAACUCAAGAGGCAAUGAACGAAGAUCUUAGCACGCAGCUCACAGUGGCUAGAGUUGAAUUGAGUGAAGCUCAACAGAAGUUAUCAUCUCUAGAAGACGAGCUUGAAAACAAAUACAAGUGCUGUGAAGAAUUGGAAGCUUCAUGUGUAGACUUACAGCUUCAGCUCAAAAGCAGUAUGAAGAAGAAAAGCCCCGACUCCGAUCAUAAUCAGGAGGAAAGGCAAGACCAAACUGAAUGGGAGAUAACAGCUGCUUCAGAAAAGUUGGCAGAAUGCCAAGAGACUAUACUUAACCUCGGGAAGCAGUUGAAGGCAAUGGCUGCACCAAGAGAAGCAGCCUUAUUUGACAAGGUCAUCACUGAUCCUGCUGAUGUAAGUACCACAACAGUCAUAGCCACAGACCCUACCUCAAACAAGACCAUGAGCCGCCGAUCGUCUCUACUUGAUCGAAUGCUAGCAGAAGAUGACACUACUACCAAAGAAUUUACACCUCCAAAGACGAAACAAGUUGACGAUAAUUCCACUUCCAUAUUUGGUCCCAAGACGGUAGUAGAGCCCCUUGAGAACAUCCUCAAUCUCAAUGUUAAAUACCAGGAUGAGAAUGCUGCUACUGGAUCAUUGGCCAUGGUGCCAAGCAAGAAAAGAAGUGUGAGCUUAUGGAGAAAGCUACUCUGGAGAAAGAAGAAAAGUAGCAGCAAGAAAGCACCCCUUCCGAUUGCCUCGUGAGAGAUCACUAUCCCAUGAUAAAAGCACUGUUGCAGCCCCGGACUCGGUUUUUUGGUAGUUUAGUUAAACACCAGUGGGAACUAAUAAGGAUACAACUUCUGUAGGUUGAUAGAAGGAUACUGGAGAGUGCUCGAGAGUGAUUUUUUCUUUUGGUUGCCAUAUUUUGUGCAUCAGUCGUGUUUGUGUCAGUGUGUAUAUAUAUCAAUGCCUAUAGCUAACUAGGAAUUUGCAGCAAUGUCAGCACAUUAGAAGUUGACAUUUUUGUACCAUCUUGUAAUUCCAGAUCUGUACACCCUUAAUAUCCAAAUGAAUAAAGUAAUAUUUCCCUUCU